CAAUCUCUCACACCUAACUCAUCUUCCAACCAAUCCUGACUCCUCACCUAUAAGCUGGUACGUACACAUAGGGAUAUAUAUUUGUUGAAAUCUCUCUCACUUCCCAUUUCAUCUCAUAAUGGCUGGCCUCUACACCGGCUCCCAUGGCCGCCACGAGCACGAUGAAAACGCGACGUCGAAAAUAAAAAGUUGUAAUAUAUGCGGAGAUGAGAUAGGUUUAAAGGAGAAUGGAGAGAUGUUCGUGGCGUGCCACGUGUGUGGAUUUCCGGUAUGCCAGCCUUGCUACGACUACGAGAGGGCUGAGGGCCAACAGACCUGCCCUCAGUGCCACACUCGCUACAAACGCCAUAAAGGUUGUCGUCGGGUGGAAGGCGAUGAAGAAGAUGUUGAGGAUGACUUUGAACAUGAAUUUCAGCUCAACAAUCCCACCCAUCAUCCUACGGAACAUAAGGGGGAUUACAGUCACCAGGAACACAAUGAGGAUUACAGUCACCACAUCAAUGGAGGAGUCAUUCCUUCCGUUGCUGGGAGCGCUGCUGGCAAAGAUUUCGAGGGUGAAAAGGAAGCUUACUCCCCUGAGGAAUGGAAGGAGAGAGUGGAGAAAUGGAAAACCAGACAAGAGAAAAGAGGCCUCGUCACCAAAACUGACGAUGGAGGAAAUGAUCAAGACGACGACGAUUAUUUUCGUGUGGCUGAAGCUCGCCAGCCGUUAUGGCGGAAAGUCCCAAUCCCUUCACGGCUAAUCAGCCCAUACCGCAUUGUGAUUGUCAUACGUUUGAUCAUUCUGUGCUUCUUCUUCCAUUUUCGAAUCUUGACCCCUGCGUAUGAUGCUUUCCCCUUGUGGCUUAUAUCUGUGAUCUGUGAGAUAUGGUUUGGUGUGUCUUGGAUUCUUGAUCAGUUCCCCAAAUGGCUUCCCAUUACCCGGGAGACCUACCUUGAUCGCCUCUCCUUGAGGUUUGAGCGCGAGGGCGAGCCUAGCCGGCUCCUCCCUGUUGAUUUCUUUGUGAGUUCAGUGGACCCUCUUAAGGAGCCUCCCAUUAUAACAGCAAACACCGUGCUUUCAAUCCUGUCUGUUGACUAUCCGGUGGAGAAGGUGAGUUGCUACGUGUCUGAUGAUGGUGCAUCCAUGCUUCUCUUUGACGCGUUGUCUGAGACUGCUGAGUUCGCGAGGAGGUGGGUGCCCUUCUGCAAGAAGUACAGCAUUGAGCCAAGGGCACCCGAGUUCUACUUCAAUGAGAAGAUUGACUACCUAAAAGAUAAGGUUCAGCCUACAUUUGUCAAGGAUCGUAGGGCCAUGAAGAGAGAAUAUGAAGAGUUCAAAGUAAGAAUUAAUGCCUUGGUGGCUAAGGCUCAGAAGAAACCAGAAGAAGGAUGGGUUAUGCAAGAUGGUACGCCGUGGCCAGGGAACAACACCCGUGAUCACCCUGGCAUGAUUCAGGUCUAUUUGGGAAGUGAAGGCGCACUUGAUAUUGAAGGUAAGGAACUACCGCGGCUGGUGUAUGUGUCACGUGAGAAACGGCCAGGCUAUCAGCACCAUAAGAAGGCUGGGGCAAUGAAUGCACUGAUUCGAGUUUCUGCAGUGCUUACUAAUGCACCAUUCAUGUUGAACCUGGAUUGUGAUCACUACGUCAACAACAGCAAGGCUGUCAGGGAAGCUAUGUGUUUUUUGAUGGAUCCCCAAGUCGGGAAGAAGCUCUGCUAUGUCCAGUUUCCACAGAGGUUUGACGGAAUUGAUCGGCAUGAUAGAUAUGCUAACCGCAAUGUUGUCUUCUUUGAUAUCAACAUGAAAGGCCUCGAUGGCAUCCAAGGGCCUGUAUAUGUUGGAACUGGGUGCGUCUUUAACAGGCAGGCAUUGUAUGGCUAUGAUCCACCAGCAUCUGAGAAGCGGCCCAAGAUGACUUGUGACUGCUGGCCGAAAUGGUGUUGCUGCUGUUGUGGUGGAUCAAGGAAGCCAAAGUCUAAGAAAAAAGGACUUAAGGCUCUGCUUGGGCUUGGAGGACUGUAUAGCAAGAAGAAGAAAAUGAUGGGUAAACAGUACACAAGGAAAGCAUCUGCUCCAGCUUUUGAUCUUGAGGAAAUUGAAGAAGGCUUUGAAGGAUAUGAUGAAUUGGAAAAAUCAUCACUUAUGUCCCAAAAGAAUUUUGAGAAACGGUUUGGAAUGUCGCCAGUUUUCAUUGCUUCAACUUUAAUGGAGGAUGGUGGUCGUCCUGAGGGGAGUAGCCCAACGUCACUAAUCAAAGAGGCCAUUCAUGUUAUUAGUUGUGGGUAUGAAGAAAAAACUGAAUGGGGUAAAGAGCUUGGAUGGAUUUAUGGUUCUAUUACAGAAGACAUCUUGACGGGAUUCAAAAUGCACUGUAGAGGAUGGAGGUCUGUGUACUGCACACCCAAGAGAGCCGCUUUCAAGGGAUCAGCUCCAAUCAAUCUAUCCGAUAGGCUGCACCAAGUUCUGAGAUGGGCUCUUGGUUCUGUUGAAAUCUUCCUUAGUCGUCAUUGUCCACUUUGGUAUGGUUAUGGAGGAAAGCUCAAAUGGCUUGAGAGACUUGCUUAUAUCAACACCAUCGUAUACCCAUUCACUUCCAUUGCUCUCGUGGCCUACUGUACGCUCCCAGCAGUGUGUCUCCUUACUGGAAAGUUUAUUGUUCCAACUCUGAACAACCUUGCCAGCAUAUGGUUUAUUGCACUUUUUGUCUCCAUCAUAGCAACAGGCGUACUUGAGCUCCGAUGGAGUGGAGUUAGCAUUGAGGAUUGGUGGCGAGCUCAUCUAUUUGCAGUUUUCCAAGGUCUUCUCAAGGUCCUCGCAGGAGUUGAUACAAACUUCACAGUCACAUCAAAAACAGCAGAUGAUACCGAGUUUGGGGAGCUCUACCUCUUCAAAUGGACAACUCUUCUCAUUCCACCAACAACGUUAAUCAUCAUUAAUAUAGUUGGUGUAGUGGCAGGAAUUUCUGGUGCGAUUAACAAUGGCUAUGGCUCAUGGGGUCCUCUCUUUGGGAAGCUCUUCUUUGCCUUCUGGGUUAUUGUUCAUCUCUAUCCAUUCCUUAAGGGAUUGAUGGGAAGGCAAAACAGGACGCCUACAAUCGUGGUUCUCUGGUCAAUUCUUCUAGCUUCAAUAUUUUCACUUGUUUGGGUGCGAAUUGAUCCUUUCUUGCCCAAACAAACUGGCCCCAUCCUCAAACAAUGUGGUGUGGAUUGCUAGAUCCCGUCUCACCAGCGAGCUGUCAUAUUGUUCAAAUCCUUUCUGCCCGUUCCGCAUUACAGCUUGUUGUGCAUAGUGUGUUGUUUCAUCAACAUUAGUGAAAAAUAGUGCUUGCAUCUGUAAAUCUUGCCAACAUAAGAUCUCCGAGAAGAAGGGCUUCAUUUCUGCCCAUUUUUUUACUCCUUGGAUGAUGUAAAUCAAAAUUGUCUAUUUCAUCUACUUCAAUGCUGGAUUCUAAUGCCACUAUUGCUCCA